AUGAGCGAAGAUCCGAUCGCCUCCGAUACAACUUACACCGCACCUGUUGAAUCGUUGCAGCCGCGUAAAAUAUUGAUUGAAGAGUUUACAGGUGUUUCCUGCCCGCCUUGUCCGUUAGGGCACCGGGCACUGGCUUCCCUGCUCACCCAAUAUCCCGGCCGCCUGGCCGUGAUCGGCAUCCAGGUAUUUGGCUUUAUCCAGGCUAAUCCUGUUAUGCAUAAUGGAGAUAGCGUUACAAAGCAUGAUAACAGAACUGCGGCAGGCACCGAAAUGUCGGUUGAGAUUUUUGGAAAGCUGAGUAAAUCACCCGUGUCUGGUAUCGACCGGUUUGUAAGAGACACCCGCAAUAAUAGCCUGUAUAUUGAAAGAGGUUAUUGGGGGCAGGAAAUUGCUACCCGUUUGUCGGCAGCAACCAAGGCCAACGUCACCGUUAGCAGUGAAUACAAUGAAAGUACCAAAAAAGCAGUCAUCACCGUUCGCGUAGCUUAUACAUCAGCAAUGACCAAAAAGCAAAAGCUGACGAUUGCAAUGGUUGAAAAUAAAGUAAUAGACGCGCAGGAAGAUGGGGAAGAUAUUAUUGAAGAAUAUGAACAUGAGCAUGUGCUGCGCGAUAUUCUGACAGCAACUACCGGUUCUUCUAUUCUCGGUGGAGUUACUAUCGAAGCCGGGCGCGUGUAUGAGCGCACCAUUGUUUAUGAUAUGAGCGAAAAAACACUUUGGAAUCCUGCAAACUGCAAAAUCGUUGCAUUCGUAAGCAAUGAUGAGCCGGGAGACCUCGAGGUACAUCAAGCCGCAGAAACAAACCUUAAAUAA